GUUGGCUUUAGCUUUCUUAAAAAAAAUUAUUUUAUGCCAAAAAAUACUUUUUUUAAAAAUACCAUUUAUAUUGUAUGAUAUGAAUACUAAUUUGCCUACCAAAAAAAAGAUCCACCCAGUAAAUCCACAGUGAAAAUAUUGCUUGUGGGAUAGCAGACUUUGCAAGUCAUCGAAUCGGUCAGUUCUGGAGUCAAACAAGAUGAGCAAGGUUCUGUUGAAUGGAUUCAAUGAGGGAUCGGAUAAGACGUUUAAUGACAGUCAUAACCAAUCAUUAACUAAAAGUUAUAGUGUUGAUUGCGGAUAUUCUAGUCACAUUCGAACCCUAAUAGGGGAUGCGCUGUUUGAAGAGACAUUUCAUAAAGGGGACGAUAUAUUUUCCUCCAAUUCUCCACCCACUUCUCCCGAGGAAGAUAAUAUAGACAAUAUAAAUAGUGCUGCAUUUGAGAUGGUUCACCAGAUAAUUGAGGGCAAGCUUAAAAAUGGCGAUAUUCCGAAUGAUCACAAUUAUUCAGAUAGUAAUCAAGGUAAAAAGUUGCAUAAUCAAGAGAUCUAUGAUGACGAAGGAAGUAACAUAACUUUCAUAAUACUUGGCAUCCAAAAUGAACUAACUCACGCCUUAAACGAAUUGCUAACGGCUUCUAAGAAAUACAAAUACAAUAUAGUUCAUGUUGACACUAGACUUAAUAAAAGAGAUGAAGAUUUAUUAGAUGUAAAAGCUAAUGGGAAAGGGAAUGUAGAUUACGAUGAUAACAGAAAUAUAAAUUUAACUAUGGAUAUCUUGGUAAAAAUCAGAUUUGGAGUAAAAGACAGAAGGCUAUUAACUAGCGUCACAAAAUUUUUAAAGGAAAAGUUUGAAGGCAAGAUAAAGUUCAUAGCUAGUAUCGGUCAAAAAAAUAUAGUCAGAAAAAAAUUAGCAGCGCCACUAGAUGUAUCAGAUGAAAUGGAUUCAAAAAAGGAUAUAUGGGUACCGAAACAUAUAUCGGAUUUAGACUUGUGCAAUCACAUCUUAGUAAAAUUCGAGCCUGAAUUGCAUUGCUCACAUCCGGGCUUUGCUGAUAAAGAAUACAGAAACAGAAGGGGGAGUAUCGUUAAAAUGGCAUUCGAUUAUAAAUUCACGGAUGGCCCUAUACCUAGGGUAAACUAUACUCCGGGAGAAAUCAAAACAUGGUCGCUCAUAUACAAAAAAUGCAAAGAUUUGCACAUGCACCACGCUUGCGAAGAAUAUAAUAGAGUGUUUGAAUUAUUGGAAAACGAAGGUAUUUUUCGGCCAACAGUUGUCCCACAAUUAGAGGAUCUAUCCAAUUUUUUGAAAAAGAAAUCGGGAUUUCAAUUGCGGCCAGCGGCUGGUUUACUUACGGCCAGAGAUUUUCUAGCUAGUUUAGCUUUCAGAGUGUUUCAAGCCACUCAGUACAUGAGACACACUUCUGCACCAUGGCAUACACCCGAACCUGACGUAAUUCAUGAAAUUCUUGGUCACAUACCUAUGUUAGCAGAUCCCGAAUUUGCCCAACUAUCGCAAGAAAUAGGAUUAGCAUCUUUAGGUGCUAGUGAUGAGGAAAUCGUUAAAUUGGCUACUCUCUAUUGGUUUUCAGUGGAAUUUGGUUUGUGCAAAGAGAAUGGACAAAUAAAAGCUUACGGAGCUGGACUGAUGUCAUCUUUCGGAGAAUUAGAACAUUCUUUAUCAAAUAAGCCCAAGCUGCUUCCCUUUGAACCAGAAAAAACCGCUAUUCAACCAUAUCAAGAUGAAACAUAUCAAGACGUUUAUUUUGUCACAGAAAGUUUUAAAGAUGCUAAAGACCAAUUAUUGAAAUAUACAACGAAAUUGCAAAGACCUUUCGAAAUUGCUUAUAACCCGUUCACUCAAUGCAUCAUAAACUUGAAUUCGGUGCGCAACAUAAAAUUAUUAUCCGAUAGGUUGAAUUACGAUUCAAAUAAGCUUGCCUCAGGGCUUAAUAAAUUACACACCAGUAACUAUCUAAAAUAAAACCCCACCACACCUCCCAUAAUCUCAUUUUUUUUUGUCUUAAAAAAUCUUAAAUUUAUUCAGAUUUUUUUUCUAUGCAUCCUUUAUUUAUUACUAAGUAGGUAAAAAAAUAAUGACAUUUUAUAAUACAGAAUAUUUUUUCUACAAAUAUGAAACUUAUCAAUGUUGUUUAUUUCAUGUAAUAUUGAUGCGCUUUAAAUGUAAAAUAUUAACAGUUGUUUUGGAAAUAGCAAGUACAUUAUAUAACUGAAUUAAUCGGUGAUUUGAUAUUCUAGUCAUUAUGUAAUCAUUACAUAUAUAUUAUUCAAA